AUGUCCAAGGUUGGGCGAAGGUGGAGGGAUGGUACACCAGGUCCUGGUCCAAAAUACCUUCCAAAUCUGAUAAAGAGGUCUUCUCCGCAAUACCGUUUCUCUACUACAAGCAGAUUUCCUUGCCCAGAAGAUGAGGAGAAUCAAGUCAGUUCACUAUCAUAUAGACCGAAUCACUUUGCAUGUAGCCAGUAUGGCUUCGGGACGCUGUCUAAUAACCCAAAACUGUACGCAAUCGACAGAUUCAACGGAGUGCACCACACAAGCAAUGGUCCGGGACCGGCUGGAUACUUCCUAAAUACCAAGUUUACGCUUGAGACCUCCGGAAAGUCCUACAUGUCUAAUUCGCCUGCCACACGCAACAGUUACAUACUCAACAGUCCAUUCUUCUAA